AUGGCCACCGAUGCGGACUCAACCAAAAGAUCGCGGAAAGCUGUUGCUCUGGCAUGGGUCUCCUCAGUAUUGGAACAGGCCAACAUCUCUGUGGAUCCCGCCCGAAAUUUAAUGGACGAACUACGUGCGGGACAGUUGCCAUGUAGGAUUAUCAACCAUCUUCUCCCUGGAUCUAUCGAAUCAUUCAACCACUCGGACUCUCCGUUCUCUGUCGUCGAGAAUCUGAAUGCUUUCAAAGCCACUUCGUCAAAAUAUGGGGUCGAAAAGAAAUAUCUAGUCUCACCGUUAGAUUUCUUGAGUGGAGAUCCUAGAGGUGAUGAAACAAUGAUCUCCCAUCUGCUGGCCUUAGCUCUGGCUGCUUCCUCACACAACCUGACCGUGAAUGGCUUCAAUGCCGAUGAGACGAGAUCUCUACUUGUAAAUGUCCCCGCUACAGAAUGGUCGCCAGAGCCCAAACACACCAUCUUCUCCUCAACCCAAGACACCCCUAACGCAGACAUACCUCCUUCUGGACAAUUAAGCAGAAGAGCCUCCCACGACUUUAUUCCACUGGCAGAGGAUACAGACCCAUCUUUACAACGCAUAUAUGCAAAGAUCGAUUCCGUGGAUGUCACUCAGGGCAAGCUCCUCAAAGGCCAAAUCGACAUGAAGCUGAAACUGGAAAGAGCCGAUCAACGAGAUUCCACUCUACAUCAGAAAGUCGACCUGCUUUCGAACGGCCUUUUGGGCGCGUUCGACGCCAUGUUCAAGAGAUUACAUGAUUUGGAAGCUUCACAGAAAGAGCUCUUAGAAAAAGUCAGUGAAAUGUCGAAAACACGACCAGCAUCAUCGUAUGCUGAAAGUCCAGCUGAAGAUGAUGACGGCCGAGGACAUGCUCGAAGACCUUACGGAAAACUGUCUCAUCUUUCUCCCGAUGUUGCUACUUCAAACGACUCUUUCGCUAUAUCACCGGCAAAAUUGGACAGUGCACCAUCUACUUUAACGUUGUCAAGUCCAACGGCACCAAAGUUAUUUGCAAAGUUGCCACCAGAAGUCCUCAAUGCUGGUCUAACCAAAGCAGAAAUGAUGCGACUGUCUGUUGUUUAUGAGUUGAUUGAGACCGAGUCAGAUUAUGUCAAAGACCUCGGCACCAUGAUCAACUACCACAAGGCCCAAAUGAUGAAGGGAUCGCUAUUGCCAGAAGCCGAGAUUCAACAACUUUUCGCAAAUGUCGAUCAGCUCUUAGUCGCUAAUCAAGAAUUUUUGGUAAAACUGGUAGCUCGAAAAGAAGCAAAUGUCGUCAUACAGGAAAUAGGAGAUGUCAUUGCAGACUGUGCUGAUUCAUUCAAGGUUUACACUCAAUAUUGUGGGAACUAUCCUAUCGCCAUGAAGCUGGUUCAUAGCCUACAAGCAAGACCAGACUUCAAGCCACUAUUGGAAAAGUGGAUGAACAGCCCAGAGUGUCGUGGUCUAAGCUUGGAAUCCUUCUUGAUUAAGCCCGUGCAGCGUAUUUGCAAGUAUCCCCUAUUGCUGAAAGAACUACUCCGCCACACCGACAAGUCCAGCAAAGACCAUCUGAACUUGACUACGGCAGAAGAAAAGAUUGCUGCUGUUGUUACUAUAGUAAACGAAGGCACGAGAGCUCUGGGUGAGCGAGAGAGGAUGAUAACGCUACAGGGUCGUAUUGAUUCUCCCAUCCCUCUGGCACUUGAAGACAAGAAACUCAUUCGAGAUGGAGCGCUGAUACAAAUAAUCGCCGGUGGAAAAGCCAAAGAUAGGCAUAUUUUCCUGUUUAACGACACCAUGUUGAUUUGCAAGACUGCUGUGAAGGGUCGCUACCCACUAGAAAAUCAGUAUAUGUUGGCAGAACUCAUUCUCAAGACAGAAGUCAAGCCUGGCACCGUAGUAGCCGAAUCCAUACCAAAAGGUCAUCGUUGGGUCUUCCAGCUCUUAUUGGUUGGAGAAAAGAAGGAAACCAUUUUAUUAUCUGCCGCAACAGAAGAAGAGAAGGUGAAAUGGUGCGACUUGUUUGCUGAUGCUUGCAAGAAGGCCAUUGAAGAGGCUGCCAAAGAUCACCGGUCUGGAAAGCGCAUUUCAGCUCUACCACUAAGUGCGCUGUCUCGUCAAAUGUCUGACCGUGUUCCUGGACGUCCACAACUCGGAUCUCGCACUGUUCGUGGACCUACUGCUGGUGGUGUGCACAGAAAUGUUUCAGUUAGCACUACCAAGACGAAAUGGGGUACUGUGCGCAUGAAGUCGGUGACUCAACCUUCGCCUACUGGUGAAGAAAUGACUGAAGUGCAGCCUCCAGAAAUCGAACCUGAAAUGGUCGACAUCAAUGGUGUUGUUUGGAAGAGAGCUCUAUCCGCCUUCGGCAUGACAUACUACUACAAUACUCAUACUCGAGAAUCUCUGUGGCGAUUACCUGACGGAUAUAUCAUUCUGGAUCCUGAGACUGGCAAACCUGUUGACUUGACCACAGAUCCUGUCUUUGGAGAGCCCGACCAAGUCGACGCAGCGUCCACUGAUGAAGAGAUUGCUUCUGGUGACUAUCCCAUGCUCGAGAAUGUUGAUGGACAUCCAGAAUGGAAGAAAGUUGACAGGGGUGAAGGAAUUGUUUACUACUUCCGUGUUGACACUCAAGAGACCAGUUGGUUUGCUCCAGGUGCUGAGGAAGCUUAG